GCGUGGCCGUCACGCGUCGCGCGGUUUUCCCGCAGGCCCUUGUCCUGUCUUGUAGAGGGCGCGGGCGCCSUGCUGCGUCUGUAGUCUCCGCGCGUCCCAGCGAAGGCAGCCCGACAUGAGCGGCAAAGAAGGCCCGGGCGGCUUCAGGAAGAGGAAGCACGACAACUUCCCGCACGGCCAGCGCAGAGAGGGCAAGGAUGUGAGCGCGUCGUCGCCGGUGAUGCUGGCCUUCAAGUCGUUUCAGCAGGAGCUGGAUGCACGGCAUGACAAGUAUGAGAGGCUGGUGAAACUCAGCCGGGACAUAACCGUUGAAAGUAAAAGAACCAUUUUUCUCCUCCAUAGGAUUACAAGUGCUCCUGAUAUGGAAGAAAUACUCACUGAAUCAGAAGUUAAAUUGGAUGGUGUCAGACAAAAAAUAUUGCAGGUAGCCCAGGAGCUGUCAGGAGAAGACAUGCAUCAGUUCCACCGAGCCAUCACCACGGGACUUCAGGAAUAUGUGGAAGCUGUCUCUUUUCAACACUUCAUCAAAACACGGUCAUUAAUCAGUAUGGAUGAAAUUAAUAAAGAGUUGGUAUUUACAACAGAAGACAGUGGAAAAGAAAACAAGACUCCCUCCUUGGAUGCACAAGAUAAGCAUCUUGUCACUUGGAAACUGAAAGUCACACCUGUGGAUUAUCUUCUGGGAGUGGCUGAUCUAACUGGAGAAUUGAUGCGGAUGUGUAUUAACAGUGUGGGGAACGGGGACAUCGACACCCCCUUUGAAGUGAGCCAGUUUUUGCGCCAGGUGUAUGACGGUUUCUCCUUCAUUGGCAACACUGGGCCUUACGAGGUCUCCAAGAAGCUGUACACCCUGAAACAGAGUCUGGCCAAAGUGGAGAACGCUUGUUACGCCCUGAAGGUCCGGGGCUCCGAGAUCCCAAAGCAUAUGCUGGCAGACGUGUUCUCGGUGAAGACAGAAAUGCCUGAUCAGGAGGAGGGCAUCUCCUAGAGCAGCAUCCCUGGCUGAUUCUGAGAGACCAGUUUCUAAGACUGUCACUUAGCAUUUCACUGGACUUUGCUGUGGCAUUGUCCUAGAAGUGUUUUCAGUUGUGUGUCUUCUAAGUUGUACGCACACUGUACAUAUAGUUUUCAGCUGAGGCCCUCUUGUCAUUCGUGCAAGUGUGGGCACAAGUGUUUGCAUGUGUGCCUGUUUGAGGUCUCUGCUGGCUGACCUUCACCAUUUAUCUGUGCUAGGUGAACGUGCUAUGUAUUGCUUUUUCUGCGGUACCUCUUUUAAUGUUCUUGGUGUGAAUGUUGCGGUUAUCAUUUUUAGUGGCAGCAAUUGUAAGUUGGUGGUUUUGUUUUAGAUAGAAAAGAUUUCUUAGUUGCACUUCUGAACUUCCACACCUCCAAAACUGGCUCCAUCCAUGGAGCAAGGAGUAAAAACUAAUAAUCUGUCAACAUUUUAAAAUUAUAAGUUUUGAGGUAUUUUUGUAAGAAUUCGUAUAAAGUUCUGGCGGAUUUUAGGCCAUUUUGAGUUUAUA